AUGGCUGCCCAUCCCCGCACCCUCCCCAUCCCGGGCAAGUAUGUUCUGUCGUCGGUCGACAACCUCAUGCCGCCAGUCUAUGUGCCUGUUGUGUGGAGCUAUGUCGCGCCCGAGGCGGUGACCGAGCCGAGCUGGAGUGAGGCAACACUGCCUGGCCUGCGCACCUCGUUCGAAGCCACGGUCCGCGAGUUCUUCCCGCUCCUCAACCAUCCGCUGCGGCACGCAGACGACAUCGGCUUUUAUGUUGCUACCGACGACGAUGCGCUACCGGCGCUGUUCCAGGUCGGCGAGCGGGUGGCUGGGGCUGCGGUGCCGGAAGUGGGCGAGGCGACGGGCGAAUGGAUGCCGCCGCGAUCGAGCUACGCACCGCACGAUCCCGAGAACGAUGCCAUCGGCACAGAGCACGGCGAGCGGAGUAUGCUGGUCCGUGUCACGCCGAUGAGCAACGGAGUGUGUAUUUUUGCCGCUUUUCACCACUCCGUGGUCGACGCUGGCUCGAUAGUGGCGUUCAUGGCCGCGUGGUCGGUGGUGGCAGAGGAAGGGCUCGAGGCCGCGCGCGCAAAGGUCAGUAUGACUGACGAUCGCAGCCUGCUCCGCGGCAAGGCCAGCGAGACGGAGCUUGCUUUGCCGAUAACCUGUGGCCAGGCUAUCCCAAUCGAGUACCUUCCCCAAGCAGAGCUGAAUGCGCUGGCACAGACGACACCGGCGCCCGAGCUCCUGCGCAAGCGGUACACGCGAGCCCAGAUCGACGCAGCCAAGAGUGCACAAGCCGAGGGCGACUUUGUGCCGACUGCCAACGAGGUGGUGUGCACCGACGUGCUCAAGACCGUGGCGGCGCGGCUGGACGCCGAUGCCGAGUUUGCGCUGCAGUUUCCGGCCAACUUGCGCGGGCGAUACCACAGUCUCCCUGCCGACUACUUUGGCGCCGCGGUGCUGAUGUGCAUCACCAAGGGCUGGAGGGCGGGUGAAAUUGUCGACAUGCCAGCAGUAGACGUGGCGCGGGCGAUGCGGGCGGCCAAGGCCGCGCACACCAGCGAGGCUCACAUCCAGACUGUGCUCGACUGGGAGGCGAGCCGGCCGUCCAAGCCACGGGUCUUUGUCGAGGCCGAUGGCCAUCAUCUUGCGCUCACCAACUGGACAAGCUUUGAGUUUUAUGACAUCACUCUUGGCCUUGGCCAGCCAUCGCUUGUCAUUGUCGGCUACGCAAUGUGGAUCCCGUUCCUCGGCUAUCUCCUGCCGUGCGAGCCAUCAGCCGGGCGCGCGAUCGAUGUCAUUGUCUCGCUCCCGCCGCGGUCAGACAAGGCGAGGCAAGAGCCCAACGAGCUUUCCAUGUGCUCAUAG